AAAAAGCCCUAGAAAAUUAUCCAUCCUUAUUUCUCCAUCACACCUCACGCCUGAAUCGCCACCGCCGAACUUCUCCAACCUCCAUUGAAGAAAUAUUUAAAAGCUUGAAGCUUCGCUCCCAUUGCGAAAAAUUGAUAAAAAUUGGGAUAAAGACGAAGAAAAGAUAGUUGGCCGCGAGAUGACGAGAAAUGAGAGCGAUGUAAGCUGUGAAACGGCUAUAGUGAAGGAAGAGGGACACGAAAUUGGUAAAGCGGAUAGACAAGCAAGCUGUGAAACAGCUACAGUGAAGGAAGAGGGAGAAGAAAAGGCAAAAUUGGAUGGGGCAGAGAGAGAAGAGGACUGGGACGGAGAGGAGGAAGACGACGACGACGAGGAUUACCUAUCAUCAGACUCGGAAAUAGCGGAGGCGCUGGACUUUUUGGACGCGAGAGAAGAUGCAGAGGGCGGAAUACUUGAUGGAUCCUUCACGCCGCUGCACACGCGCCGCCCCAACGCUCACGGUGGGCUCCACUCGCGCCCGAACAGCUCUUCUCUUCAGCCCAUAUCCAAUAAGUCGCAGAAAGUUGCCAAUCACAUCAGGGCUUCUCCUUUGGAGGAGUGGGAAGGAAGGUUUGAUGUUGGGAUGUCGAACUCUGUUACCACUGCAAUUCGUGGCAGUGUUCGCGAUAUGGCUAUUGGUAAGACAAGGACAACUGAGAAAGCAGAUCGCGCAACAGUCGAGCAGGCAAUUGACCCUAGAACCCGUAUGGUUUUAUUCAAGAUGCUUAACAAGGGUAUCUUUAAUGACAUAAAUGGUUGCAUUUCAACUGGAAAAGAAGCCAAUGUAUAUCAUGCUACUAAAUCCGAUGGUCAGGAGCUUGCUAUCAAGGUUUACAAAACAUCAGUCCUUGUAUUCAAGGAUAGGGAUCGCUACGUACAAGGAGACUACAGAUUCAGACAUGGAUACUGCAAGCACAAUCCUCGAAAAAUGGUUAAAACAUGGGCUGAGAAAGAAAUGAGGAAUCUCAUGAGGCUAAGAGCAGCAGGAAUACGGUGUCCAGUUCCAAUACUUUUGAGACUCCAUGUUCUGGUGAUGGAAUUUAUAGGCAAGGCAGGUUGGGCUGCUCCUAGGCUCAAAGAUGCUGAUUUAUCUGACGACAAGCUACGCGAAUGUUAUGUUGAGAUGAUAAUGUCGAUGCGCACAUUAUAUCAGAAAUGUAAGCUAGUGCACGGAGACCUUAGUGAGUAUAAUAUACUUUAUUAUGAGGGCCACUUGUAUAUUAUUGAUGUGUCACAAUCAGUUGAUCUUGACCAUCCUCAUGCCCUUGAUUUCCUUCGAGAGGAUUGUAUCCAUGUUUCAGAUUUUUUCAAGAAACAUGGGGUUGCUGUUAUGACGAUACGGGAAUUGUUUGAUUUUAUAGUUGAUCCCACUAUUGAUGAUGACUCUGUGGAUAGUUAUCUGGAAGAGGUGCAAAAAAAGAUUUUAGCUAGAGGCAAUGAGAUCUCAGCUGAAGAAGAAAUCGCAGAUUUAGUAUUUGUCCAGACAUACAUUCCGAAGACCCUGGAUGAUGUAAAGCAUGCGGAGGAGGACGUGCAGCGUAUUAUCAGUGGGAAGGACACCGGGGAAAUGUAUUAUCAGACGAUCACAGGUCUCAAGUCGGCCCUUUCUGUGAACAAUUCUUCCCAAGUAGAAUCGGGGCAGCAGCAAUGCGAAGGUAAACUUGAAAAUGAUGGCCACGUCGAUGGAGAAUCAGAAGAAGAAGAAGAAAUGGAGGAGAGUGAGGGGGACUCUGACUCUGACUCAGAAGACGGUUCCUUUUCUGGUGGUGAUAAGCAGACGCCGGAGGAGAGGAAAACAGCCAGAAAGGAGAACAAGAAGAAAGUGAAGGAAGAAAAGAGAGAGUCGCGCAAGAACAAAGUACCGAAAGCUGUUAAGAAGAAGAAGAAGAAGUUGGCAAAAGCCAAGAAGACUCGUUGAGAAACAAAGGCAAAGGCUUGAAUCGAACUCGUUGGCAAAAGCUGUUUGGAGAGUUUCGUGUGUUUCGAGUUCUUGGAUCGAACUUGUUACUUAGCAGUUUUCCCUCGGCAUAGGUUGUUUACGCACAUUGAGAGAGAUCAUAUUUCGGAGCUUUUCUUCUUCAUGCGGUCGGUUGUCAAUUUGUGAAUUAUGCAAAGUGAAAAUGGUUGAAAAAAAUAGCUGAAAACGAGACACACUCUUUCCUUCAGUAUAUGUUUGUGUAUCCUAGAAUAGGAUUGAACAUGUAGUCGGCUUUAUUUUAUUUCCUACUUUAUUCUUUGUUCUCUUAAUAUUUUUAACAACAUUAUAUAAACUCAUGUGUUAUUUCUUA